UGUCAUCUUUCUUCUUCCCCAAUUCCCACCUCUCAACCUCCCUAUCUCUCACACCAGUACACCACCAUGCACUCCCUCUCUCUAACCUCUCCCAAACCCCUCUCUCUCUCCUCCCGCACCUUCCUCCCCACCCCCCACCGCCCCCACUCCUUCACCCUCCGCCGCCAACCCCUCAAACGCCCACUUUCAAAACCCAUCUCAGCAAACCCAUCUCAACAGCAGCAGCAGCAGCAGCAGGAGCAACAACCCUUCCAGCCCUUCCGCCCACCCCCACCCCCUCUGCCCCCCAAAUUCCGCUCCCUCGACACCCCCGCCCGCCUCGAGGUCCUCACCAACCGCCUCGGCCUCUGGUUCGAGCUAGCCCCCCUCAUCCCCGCCCUCCUCCAGGAAGGAUUCUACCCCACCACCAUCGAACAAAUCACUGGCAUCUCCUCCCUCGACCAGAACUGCCUCGUCGUUGCCUCCCAGGUCCGCCAAACCCUAACUGACCCUGAAACCCUAGCCUUCUUCGAAAACUCGGGAUCCGAAAUCCUCUACGAGAUCCGCCUCCUCAGCACCUCCCAACGCAAUGCUGCAGCGCGUUAUUUAGUCGAAAAUAACUCAGACGUGAAGGCUGCGCGAGAGCUCGCGAGAGCGAUAAAGGAUUUUCCGAAGAGGAGAGGUGAUAAGGGUUGGGAAAGCUUUGAUUAUGUGAUUCCGGCUGAUUGUUUGGCUUUUAUGUACUAUAGACAGGCAUUGGAGCAUAAGAACCCGUCGGAGCAGAGAACAGUGGCAUUGCAGCAGGCAUUGGAGGUGGCGGUUUCAGACAAGGCGAAGAAGAGGAUUUUGGGCGACUUGGAAGGGGGAGGAGAUUCGAAAGAAGAGGUGGAAGAUGAGGGGGUGGUUGUGCCAGUGGUGAGGAUGAAGUGGGGUGAGGUGGCGGAGGCGGGUACUGUGGUGGUGUUCCCGGUUUGUAAGGCGGAGGAUGGGGGGAAGGGGGUGGAGGACGCGCCGUGGGAGUGCAGGAGUGAAGGGGAGUUUGGUGUGGUGGUGGCAGAGAAAGGGUGGAGUAGGUGGGUGGUGUUGCCGGGGUGGCUUCCGGUAGUUGGGUUGAAGAGAGGAGUGGCGGUUGCAUUUCGAGAUGCUAGGGUUUUGCCUUGGAAGGCGAAUAGGUGGUAUAAGGAGGAGCCAAUUUUGGUGGUGGCGGAUAGGGGGAGGAAGGAGGUGGUGGCGGAUGAUGGGUUUUAUUUAGUACUGCGCAGUGGUGAUGGUGGUCGUGGUGAUGGGUUGAAAGUGGAGAGGGGUUUGGCGUUGAAGGAAAAUGACGUGAAGGAGAGUUUAGGGACUGUUGUGUUGGUGGUUAGGCCGCCGGGAGAAGAAAGUGAUGAUCAAUUGCAGGAUGAAGAUUGGGAGUGAAACAUCACUAUGGUGUGAUUUGUGGAGUUCGGUUCGAUUUUCCAAUAGAAGAAGAUUGGUUUGAAACAUUAGUCGACGCGAUAAUCAGAUUUUGGUUCCUCCUGUCAACCAAGGGCUCUUUCUUGAGUAGCAAAGAGCCAGUUGAAACUCCCUUUUUGAUCUUCAAUUGGAGGGUUCAACCAACCUUAUAGCUUAACAGCCACAGAGAGGUUUCAGCAAGGUAGAGUUGAAUUUAGGUUCAUUUCUUAAAGCUAUUAUGUUAUGAUAUGCUUGAGUACAAAAUUCAAUUAAAAGGAAUAAAGCCUCUGUAUUCUUUUUGUCGAAUGAACGCGAAUGAGUAUGAUUUGAGUUUACAAUCUACUGCUCUUUCAAUCUUGAU